ACCCCAUGGGGAGGGCAGGAACCCCAUAGGGAGGCAGGACCCCGUCCCCACUGCCCGAGGCACUCGGGGAUGACCGGGGUGAGGGAGGUCAUCGCCUUCCCGGAGACACCAGCGCCGCAGGGAAGGGAAUCGCGAGGGGCAGCAAGGCCGAUGCCGCUGCGGCUCUCGGGGGGUUUUGAGCGCUCCUGCUGCCCGGGGGGCUCAGCCCCAGCCCCCGCCCCUGUGCGGGCAGGUGCCCGGCCCCGCUGCGGGGAUGGAUGCGCUCAGCCUCCCCCUUCCCCCCCCGCAUCCUCCCGCCGCUCCCCCGCCCCGAGGCAGCUCCUCCUCAUCCUCCUCGCCCCGGUUCGCUCCGUUCCGUCGCGGUUCUCCCUCCCCGCGCCCUCGGGAGCCGCAGCGGGAGCGCCGCGCAGCCGCCGCCCGGCCCUGCGAGAGGCGGCGCGAUGGCCGAGGGGGAGAUCACCACCUUCACCGCCCUGACCGAAAAGUUCAACUUGCCCGCGGGCAACUACAAGAAGCCCAAACUGCUGUACUGCAGCAACGGGGGGCACUUCCUGCGCAUCCUGCCCGACGGCACCGUGGAUGGCACCCGGGACCGCAGCGACCAGCACAUUCAGCUCCAGCUGAGUGCAGAGAGCGUGGGGGUGGUGCACAUCAGGAGCACUCAGUCAGGGCAGUACCUGGCCAUGGACACCAACGGGCUCCUCUACGGCUCGCUACUGGGUGAGGAGUGCCUGUUCCUGGAAAGGCUGGAGGAGAACCAUUACAACACCUACGUGUCCAAGCUGCACGCGGACAAGAGCUGGUUUGUGGGGCUGAAGAAGAACGGGAACAGCAAGCUGGGCCCGCGGACUCACUACGGCCAGAAGGCAAUCCUGUUCCUGCCCCUGCCCGUGUCCCCCGACUGAGGCAGCCCAGGGCCACCCCAACCCAACCCCAAACCCCAAACCCAACCCCAAACCCAAACCCCAACUGCUGCUGCUGCCUCCCUAGAGCUCACCAGAGCUCCGAGCUGUAGGUCAAGGCUUUGCCAAAUCCAGCCAAAGCAGAGCCCUGUGCUCUGCAGGAAGCUUUGCUGAGAUCAGGGGGAGACCCUGACACCUCCCAAAGUCCAUGGGGCCCCAUCUCCCCCUGCCCCCAGCCAUGUGCCAGUGUGUGCCAGGGCCCUCAUUUUUGUGCCAGUGUGUGCCAGGGCCCUCAGCUCAGUGCCAGUGUGUGCCAUGACCCUCAGCUCUGUGUGCCAUGACCCUUAGCUGUGUGUGCCUUUGUGUGCCAGGACCCUCAGCUGUGUGCCAUGACUCCCAGCCAUGUGUGCCUUUGUGUGCCAUGACCCUCAUCUGUGCCCCCAUGUGUGCCAUGACCACGCUGCAGCUGCCAGGACCUGCCCAGGAAUGUGCCCAAGGUCACACCAGUUCCCAGAGAAUCACAGACUUUGUGUCCCCAUGCAUUCUAAGGCAAAAGCUCCCUGGAUACUGUGUGUUCAUGUAUUUAUCCAUGCAGGUGUGUAGCUUCUGACACGCCCUUGAGCAAUUCCAGACUGCACCAUCAGUGCCCUCAGCCAGGGCCAGCCUGGUGAGUGCCAGCUGGGCAUGUUAAUCUGAGCUAGGCAAAGCUCCAGCCUCAGCCCUUGGCCUCCCUCACAACAUCACAAUGUGUAUUUCAUGCUAGUACCUGCCAUAUGUUAUUUGUAUUUAUUUAUUAAGUAAAUAUGUCUCUUCUACAA